CCGCGGUGAAGCGCAGUAACGCCCCGCUGUCAAGGCGUGUAACGACGGUGCUGUCAUGGCUGUUGUUUUCAUCUUCUCUGCUAAAAAAUUGAUUGAAUGAUCUGAACUGGUUGCGAGCGAGAGCGAAGAGUGAUCGAGAGUGUGGACGAGCGAAUGAGCGAGCGAACGGAAGUGCGUGAGCAAACGAGACGGAAGUGUGGGGGUAGAGGUAAUCCUGGUCUACCGCAAGCGGCUAGCAGACUGUAGAAGAAAAUUCGCCCGGCCCGCAUUACGUGCACGCGAUUCCCAUCGGAUAACGCACCAAUAGUAUGCCCCCCAUCGGAUAUAGUAGCAAACAGUGAGUUUUAGUGGCAUCGGUUGCACCCCCCGCCCGUACGUACGAACGCACGCACGCACGCAGGCACACGACGCAGGCACACACGCACACAGGCAGACGCGCCCGGGGUGAGUGACAAGCCGCGGUGGAGGAAUGGCGGUGGAUUUGGGAUAUAACGGGACGGUGCUGGUCGUGGAAGAGGAAGGCGACGAGGCGGUCGAAAUCCCGCUAGAGGAGGAUGGCACGCUGCUGCUAUCGACGCUGCAGGCCCAGUUUUACGGUGCCUGCGGGCUGAAGUACCGCAACCCGGACAACAAAGCGAUCCGGGGCGUGCGGCUCAACGACAACAAGCUGCACCCGUUCUCGCCCGACUCGGGCUGGGGCAACCAUGUGUACAUAUGCGUGUUCCCGAAGGAGAACAAGCGCAAGAGCGACGACAAGCUGGAAAACUCGACGCCGAAGACGAAGCGCAUCGAGAGCCGGAACCGCACGACGACGGACCUGAUCGUGCUGGGGCUGCCGUGGAAGACGACCGAGGAGAGCUUGCGUGAGUACUUCGAAACGUUCGGCGAGCUGCUGGUGGUGCAGAUCAAGAAGGACUCGAAGACGGGCCAGUCCAAAGGGUACGGCUUUAUCCGGUUCGCCCGGUUCGAGAGCCAGAUGAAGGCACUGUCGAAGCGGCACCUGAUCGACAGCCGCUGGUGCGACGUGAAGGUGCCGAGCAGCAAGGACCAGACGCAGCACCAGAUGCCAAGCAAGAUAUUUUUAGGCCGCCUGACGGAGGACAUCAACUCGGACGACAUCCGGGACUACUUCAGCAAGUACGGCGAGGUGACGGACGUGUUCAUACCGAAGCCGUUCCGGGCGUUCGCGUUCGUCACGUUCAUCGAUCCGCACGUGGCGCAGAGCCUGUGCGGGGAGGACCACCUGAUCAAGGGUACGUCGGUGUACGUGUCGACGGCAUCGCCCCGGCCGGAGCACGGCCGGCACCACGGCAAGGGCCAGAUGGGGGGAAAUUUUUCCAACUACGAUGAGCGCGGGCGCGGCGGAGGGGGGAGCGGCGUUGGCGGCAGUAGCGGAGCGAACGACUACCAUCGAGGCGGGGGAGGAGGGGGAGGGGGAGGGGGAGGAGGAGGCGGUGGGCACGCGGUAGGCCCACACGUGCCGGCGCCCAACAGCAGCUACCAUCAUGGUAGCGGCGGUGGCAGCGAAGGAGCAGGCCCGGGAGGAUACAACAAUAUGCAGUCGGGAAACGGGGGUGGUUGUAGUCAGCAGCCGAUCUGGAACUACAAUGAAUACACCGCCCAGAAUCGGCAAAACAACAGCAAUAUCGAGUCGAUGCCGAACCUGCAAGCACUCGGGAUCAACUCGAGCGGCCCAAACGGGCAGCGCGGGGGAGGCGUCGGUGGGGGCCUGCACGGCGGGCACCACGCAGGGAUGGGGAACCAUCUGAGUGGAAGCGGCGGUGCCGGCGGAUCGGCACCGGGCGGUCCGGGGAGUAAUGGUGCGGGCGUGAUCGGUGCGCACGGCGGACCCGCGGCUGGUAACAUGAAUCUCUACCAGAUGCCAAUCAAUCCCGCUAUAAUCGCGGCCGCCCUGAGCCAGUGGAGCCUGAUCGGGAACCAGAUGCACAACACGGCCCAGGGUGCGGGCGGACCGGGCGGACCGGGCGGUCCGGGAGCACCCGGGCAGGCGAACGCAAACGUACCGGGCGGCCCUGCCGGUGGACCGCCGGGGCCGGGUGGAGCGGCCGGUCCCGGGCCGGGCGCGUCCGAGCAGGAGUAUCUGUCCUGGAACGGCACGGGCAAUGGGGCACCGGGAGCCGGAGUACCGGCCGGGCGCGUCGAUCCAAACCGCCAGUGAACGGGGAACACAGUCGACACAGUCUUAGCAUAUUGCAAAAGCAAAGCACCACCACCCCUCCCAGCUACCAGCGAUCCAGCGACUGCAGACAACACCCCUCCCCGGUGUCUUCGAUCUCCCAAUGUAUCCAGCCGAAGUAGACAUAAGGUGAUGAUGAUGAUGUGACGAGGAUGCUAGCGAAGUAGUGGGUUGAGCGAGAUUGAGAGAUAGAGAGAGAGAGAGAGAGAGUGGGAGAACGAGCGAGAAAGAGAGAGAGAGAGAGCGAGAGAACGAAAGCGCAUGCGAGAUCAGAUAUGACCGGGGGUAAGAGGGAUAGUAUGGAAGGAUAUGAUGGGUGUGAACAUGGAGGAUGUGAGUCGCUAGAUGAUGAUGAUGAAUGUGUGCUACGUGAGUUUAGCGUGAAUAGUAUGUAGAGAGUGCAUGAUGGAUGUGUGCCGUUUGGUGUGCCGCUCCUUCGAGCGCGUGUGUGUGUUUGUAAGCGUUUUUUCAAAGUAAACUUACUUUAUUUUCAUUAUCGUGUAACAAAGGAUGUUCGGUUCGUGGCUUUGCGAAUAAAUUCGGCUCGGCAUAUUUAAAUUGCACGGCCCCGUUGUUCUUACCAUAGCAUACCAAACUACCGACCCGCCAGCGCAUCGCACUGUGUUGCGUGUGAGGCAUUAACACAACAACUACAACAAC